GCGCCAUUCGCAGUAUAGUUGGGACACCAACAUUAAGUUGGCCAACUCCAUCAUCAACACUGAAGACUUUGGAGCCACCAUCCAAUAUGGCAUAUUACAUAUUCUUGUAUAUAUUACCAGGGCUGCUGCCAUUCUUGUUCACGGCAUGACUACCUUGGGCUUUUAGGAGGCCUUAUUUUGUUGAAACCUCCAUAUGAGUGCACACCUAUCGGUGUAGUUUUCAGCCACCUGCUCCAAGAUAUUAUUGACAACAAACAUGAUGAAGCAAAGUGAUAUUGUUAAUUCAAAAUCACCAGAAGAAUGUUGUAGCCAUGGAAACUCUGAUGAUGAAUUUGAGGAGUACAGUGAGGAAGAAAUGCUUAGUGAAGAAGAAUCAAAUGAAAACUUGUGCUUUCCACCAAAUAAAGAAGGCUCUAUUGAUAAAUUAAGUAAGGUAGAAGGUUCAUGUGCAGAAGAACCAAAUGAAUAUGUUUCAUCUGAUGAAGAAUCAGCUGAAGAAGUUCCUUGUGGAGAUGAAUCCGAUGAGGAAGAUUCAUGUCCAGAAGAAUCAAAUGAAGAAAAUUUAGACGAAGGACCUGAAGCAGCAUCUGCAGAAUACCCAACAGAGGGGAUGAUGACAUUAGAAGAAGCCGGUGAUGAAGAUCUAACAGAUGUAUCAUUUGAAGAGAUUAUUGAAGAAGAGUUCUAUGAGGAAUCGUAUGAGGAACCUGAUGAAGAAGAGCCGUUGAGGGGUUCUAUGGAUCAAAUACCCCUUGCUAUUAUCAGUGACGGGGUUUCUAAUUCGCUUGAACAGAAGAAAGCAUCAGAUCAUGCGUUUUUAGAAUCAAAAACUUCGGUUGAGUCUUCUUGUAAUCAAUGUCUGAGGGAAUCUAGUAACCUCUCUAUAGAUGCACUUGUUUCCAAGCAACAGGAUGAUCCAUCGGCCUCUAUCAAGAAAAGGCGAAGUAGAUGGGAUAUCAAGGCUGAGGCUCCAAUGCCAGUAAAUGAGAGUGGUGACCUAGGUAUAAAAAGGACGACUAGAUGGUCCAGUGAUACAAAGGCUGAGGCUCCAAUACUAGUGAAUGAUAAUGCUGACCUCAAGAAAAGAAGGAAGACUAGAUGGUCCAGUGAUGAAACUCAGUUAAACAUGCCAUGUACGCUGAAGCUUCUGGACUCUGUCAAGGAUAUUUCAUCCAACACCGACAAUGACCAAAGCAUACGAAGAUUGAAUGCAGAGAUUCAAGCAAUAAACCGAAAGCUGGGGGGUAGUGUGAUAGUAAAUGAGCAGCCGCAGGAAGAAAGUUCCCCAUCUCCACAACCUAAUGAUGAUUGUCUUGACUCUAGGAUAUAUACAAGUGAAUUUAGGCACCUCGUGAGUCUCUUGAAGCAGAAGCUUUCGAUCAUAUCAGAACUUACAAAGAGUCAGAAGAAUGAUAAACCUUCAAAUCAUGCUAUAUUCAAAAAGAAGAUAUACCUACCUGUGAAAGAAUAUCCCAAUUAUAACUUUAUUGGUCUUAUACUUGGUCCAAAUGGGAAUUCGUUGAAAAAAAUGGAGAAGGAGACAGGGGCUACUAUUGUAUUAAGAGGUAAAGGUUUUAGUAGUAAGGAUAAGAAAAACCAGUGUAGUGAUGAUAAUGAUGAUGAACAUGUCCUUAUACAAUCAGAUAGCCGUAAUGGUUUUGAUGCUGCUGUAAGUAUGGUGGAAAAGCUAUUGGUUCCAGUUGAUGAUCGGCAUAAUUAUUACAAAUCUGCCCAACUAAGAGAGCUUGCUGAAUUAAGAGGAAAUCUAAAGGAAGUAACUUUCUGGGACGUUAAACAAUGUGACAUAUGUGGUAAGUCAAGCCACCAAACUUCUGAUUGCCCCCUUGUAGCAACUGAGUUACAAUCCAAUGCUAACUUUCACACCGGGUCUGGAAGCUUAUUUUCCUCUUUUAAAAGUUCAUCAGCUUCUCCUUGCCCCUUGCCUUUUGUGGCUAAUGCAUUUGAUGAUAAACCCCAGGAGGAGAGUAAACCUGUCAGUCUCUUUGUAGGUCAUCUUUCUCUAUCCGUCAGCAAAGAUAAAUUGAAGGAGCUUUUCCUGCCUUAUGGCGACAUUUGUUAUGUGAGUGUGCUAAUGGAUAAGAGCACUGGCCAAAGCAAAGGGUGUGGCUUUGUUAGGUAUACUAGUGCCAGUGAUGCUGCAGUGGCUAUCGCCAAAAUGAAUGGGUGUAUGGUUGAUGGUAAGAAACUAACAGUUAAAAUAGCAGGAGCAUCUUCGCCUUCUUUGUUUGCAGAUCUGCCAAAUUAUCCUGGAUUUGCUUCUAUACCCCCUCCAUCUUUGAAUACGGAUCUGCCAAAUUUUCCAGGACUGGCUUCUAUUCCUCCUCCAUCUUCCAAUGCAAACCUGCCAAAUUUUCUUGGAACCCCCCAUCCGUCUUCUUCAAAUGCAAAUCUGCCAAAAUAUCCUGAACUUUCUGCCAUUGCUGAAAUGAAUCCUAAACCAAAUUAUUGGCCAGGUCCUCCAGGAUCCAUGCUUCUAGAAUCAGGUAUUUCUUACCCCAAGAGCAGCUUUAAUUCUUCAAAUUACACUGAAAGUGUGCCUUUGCAAUCUUCAACAUCUUUUGGUAUCACAUUCCAAACAACAUCUCUUGGGAAGAACGGGCGCAUGAUUGAUGGGAAAGUUACAGUAACAGGGUCCCCUUCCCCAUCCUUAAAUUUGCCAAAUUAUCCAGGAUUUGUGGCCAUUCCUCGAGAUAUCCCUGAAUCAAAUUGUUUGCCAUGCCCUUCAGCUUCAAUACCAACUGCAUCAGGCACCUUUUUAUCCAAUAGCAGGUAUAAUUUAUUAAAUCACACUGACAGUGUGCCUUUUAGAUCUUCAACAUAUCUUGGUUCCACAUGCCAAACAUCAAUUUCAACAUCUCAAUUUCCUGGUGUUGCUGCAACUUCCAAUGAACUCGCCACUUUUCCUGGUUUUCUGAAGAGCUUUGACUCUUCAAAUCAACUUAACCCAUCAAUGCCUUCAAGCAGUCUAUCAUCUCCAUCACCUUAUUUUAUUAGGAACUUCUCUAGCCAACAGAUGAAUCCAACAUGGCGGUAACUAUGAUCAUCCUGCAUUAAAUUGAGUGUGUCAAAUCAGAUUACUGCUUCCAGGUUUAUGUUUCAAAUCCAUGACUGUAGAUGCAGAACCUUUUUGUAUUCAUCUACCUUGGUGAAGCAGCAGUGAAAUAAAGCUAUUAGUACAGAUUGUGAAGAAAUAUCCAAAAAAAAAAAAAAAAGAAGAAUGAAAGAAAACCGCACUGGAAGAGCAAGGCAGUGACAUAGGCCUGGUUAUAACUUUACGAUUGCUUUGGUUCAUUUAGCACUCGCUUUCUGCAUGUUUGGUCAUGUAAAUAGCUGGAGCUUUUUUAUGACAAAUUGAAUACUAAUGAAACUAGAUACCCGUUAGAUGCUUC